CCUUGUCAGAGGUGCGCAGGACAUGGGGGAGAGAUAGAGGAGCACAGGAGGAUUUGUCACUUACAGACACAGCAACGAACACAAAAGUUCCCUCUGGUGGCCUUGGAAGAUAUAGCAAAGCUGUGAUUUGACCAUCACAAAGUAAAAGAAGUGAAUAUUUCAACACAAAUGAGCCUGCCACACUUUCAGGAAAUAUUACGGCUAUGUUAAACCCUCCUGAGAGUUGUUUUAUGUGCUUCGAUGGAAUAUGGCAAUAAGAGGGACUACAUGCUUAACAGAGAUCCUUAAGGAACGUUUUUAAGGACAGCAAAAGAAGUAGGAAGAAUGGAAGCUUCAUACGCAGCCAGCGCUGCCGUUGCUCCGACUCUGCCGCCGAUGACCCCGUCUCCAGGUUACCUGUUCCGAAGGUUUCGGGAGUAUCAGAGCAACGACGUCAUCGUGGCCCAUUACAACUUCACGGGAAAGCUGAAAGGGAGCAAAUACCAGGAUGGACUGAAACCCGAGGCCAUUGCGUUUCUCAUCAUUUGUCUUCUCAUUGUGGUGGAAAAUGCCAUCGUUCUGGUGGCAAUAUGGAAGAACAAAAAAUUCCACAUGCCCAUGUACUACUUGCUGGGCAACUUAACGCUGUCUGACUUGCUAGCAGGCUUCACCUACAUGGUGAACAUCAUAACUUCGGGGGCAAACACUCUCAAAAUGACUCCAGUACUGUGGUUUCUUAGAGAAGGCGGUGUGUUUAUCACUCUUUCUGCGUCUGUCAUCAGUCUCCUGGCUAUAGCUAUCGAGCGACAUGUCACGAUGGUCCGGAUGAAGCCGUAUCAAGGGGCCAAGCGUGGCCGAAUGUUCGGUUUGAUUGGUGCAAGUUGGGUCCUGUCAGUGCUCCUCGGCAUUCUUCCCAUCACGGGCUGGAAUUGCAUAGGAAACCUGGACGAAUGCUCCACCAUCCUGCCUCUUUACGCCAAGAGCUUCAUCCUCUUCUGCAUCACCGUGUUUACCCUAGUGCUGCUGGCCAUCGUGGUGCUCUACGUGCGCAUCUUCCGCAUAGUGAAGUCCAACACCCAGCGCUUGGGUUGCGCUCCUCAGCGCAAAGGCAUAGCGAGGAAGUCCCAGAAGUAUCUGGCUCUGCUGAAGACGGUCACCAUCGUCCUCGGCGUCUUCAUCGCCUGUUGGCUGCCGCUCUUUGUGCUCCUUCUGCUGGACUUCUGCUGCCCCGCUCAACAAUGCGAGGUGCUGCUCAAGGCGGACUACUUUCUGGGCAUUGCCAUGAUCAACUCGCUUCUAAACCCCAUCAUUUACACCCUAACUAGUAAAGACAUGCGGAGAGCCAUUCUGAGACUUGUCUGCAGCUACUGUCUGCUAACAAAAGACGGACAAGUGAAGAAAUUCGGCUUGCCUUUCCUGGACUGUAGCACCAGUAAGGCAGAGGUGCCGUCACACAGACUUGAGGGCCUGGAGACGACGGUCUCCUCUGGGAACAUCACACCAUCCACUAUUAAAGCCAUCUACCCCAGGAUAUUAAAGAGCUGAGGAACUUCUUGUUCUGUUUGAAUAUUUAUAAAGCUGCCUAGUAAUCAAGUCCGAGGUGCUUAGAAAUGAAAGCAGGAGAAGUUGGAGAGAUGGAACUCAAGAAUGUAAUUUUGAGACUUGGUUUCCUUCACAUGCAUUAAAGCAAAACAUGCGUGACAAGUGGAAUUGUCUUACUGUGACAAAUACCAAUGUUUAAAAUGGACGCUCUGCACGACAAGAGCUACGGUCGGUCUGUUGUUCAAAAUAGGAUUUUAAACAGCAAAUUACAAAGAGUUAUACAGCGAACUGAGCAAAAACACAAAAAUCCUUUGAAAAGAACUCUUGUGAUGUUAUACAAGUCUCGUAUGUGCCAUUACAGAAAUAAUGAGCUUGGGUAACGAGUCAUGUUCAAAUGUUCAGAGACUGUGGUGAAAAGACGCAAAGAAAAUGACAGGUUGAUGCCUCCACACACGAGGACGUUAGUCCUCUGGAACUUUACGAAUACAUAUCCACACAAAUAAAAACUGCAAGGCAUGUGACUAUUUUUAAUCUGUAAGGUCAUGUUUCCUCUUACAAUCUUAUUUUUUGGGAAAUACACUUUUAGAAGAAAAGGUUCUAUAUAGAACCUAAAAAGGUUCUGUCGGGCGCUUCAUAUAUAGAACCUUUUAGGAGUUCUUAUCAUGGGAUCAUUUGAAUUACUUUUGUACUUAAAUUAAUUUUUAAGUUAAAUUUUAUGAAUUUAACAGCUCAAGCAGACUUCAUUAGUAGAAAUAGUGAAACAUCCCUUUAAACAAUUGUUUUCUCCUUAUUUAGAACCUUUUUUGUCAUAAAUGUUUCUUUAAAAUUAAGUCAAGAUCCCUAUUGUUCUAUACUGAAGCCCACUGAACCGUUUCUGUUUUCAUGUCAAAGCUCUCUUUAACCAGUGUGCUAUACUUGUCUAUAUUUUCCUAUACAGUAAAUUGGAACAAGCUAUAUGAAUAUUGAAUAUUUUAUAAAUAUUGUAUCAAUGUUUUGUAUGUUAGUGUUAGGAAUGCCAACAUUAAUGUGUAGCAGUCGGACUCUGCAGUGAUACAAACAGCACUGACAUUCAAGCAAUAUUGCAUUUCUGUAAAAACUUGUCUGUUUACGGAAAACGACGCAUUAGUAUGUAUAAAUGUAUUUUUUUUUCUUGAUUCUAAAUUAUGAGCCUUAAAAAAUCUUUUAUAAGUGCAUUAAUUAAAAGCUUAGUGUUUUCUUGAA